CACAGAGAACACUGGUUAAAAACAUGCUGGCGGUUACUGCGUGGUUCGGGGUGCUGGCCCUCGGCUCAGGCCUGCCUCAUGUCCUCGGAGCGGACUCCAGGAUCGUGGGGGGCCACGGCGCCUACAUCCAGGACUUCCCCUACAUGGUGUCCGUCAACAGCUACAUCGCCGGGUUCAUCGAGGAACAGAUGUGCGGGGGGUCCAUCAUCUCCGCGGACUGGCUGCUCACCUCCGCCUCCUGCAUCCAGCAGUACGCGAGCAACGUAGCGGAGUUGCGGGUCCGUGUUGGUAGCUCCAAGCAGAUUGAUGGCACGAGACUCGAGGUGUCUGAAGUGAUCCUGCACCCCAACUUCACAGGCACCAGCUCCCCGGACUACGACAUCAGUCUCGUGAAGGUGAAGACGCCGCUGGUGUUCAACAGCACGGUGCAGGCCGUGCGCCUGGCGGAGGCCGGGGCGAGUCUGGCGGCGGGCACGGAGGCCGUGCAUGCGGGCUGGGGCACCGUCGAGACUGGCGGCCUGCCCCUGCAGUACCUGCGCCAGCUGAGGGUGCCCGUGCUGAGCGCUGAGGCGUGCUCCAAGGACUACCCCUCGGGCCUGGACCACGACUCCAUGUUCUGCGCGGGCUACGACGAGGCGGGCAAGGGACCCUGCCAGGGUGACCAAGGAGGGCCUCUGGUGGUCAACUCGACCCAGGUGGGGCUGCUGUCCUGGGGCGUAUCCUGCGCCGCGGCCAACCAACCAGGGGUGUACACGCGCCUCAGCCACCACCGCGCCUGGAUCACCGCCAGCACCGGCGUCUAGGACAGCCCCGUCAGAGGCGCGCGUCACGUGUUUCCUGGGCAAAAAACAAACCUGUUCCAAAAACCUUUGUCCGUCGAGUCUUCGCGAAAAUUUGUCCAGCUAAAAUGAAUUUUAAUAAUCUCAAUAAAAAAACAUUUUGGUAUUUUA